AUGGUGUCCUGUAGCAGCAGAUUCCCCCAUUUACCUCCCUUCCGAGUAUUUUGCCGGGGAUGUGACUGCUACGUUCCCCACACAGCUGCAUCGAGGGAGCCCCGCUCCUCGCAGGAGCAGUUGCAUGUUGCUCUUGCUGGAAAGCAGCUAAAAAAUAAAAACCCCUGGUUCAUCGGCUUGCUCGAAAUCGGGGUCUGGCUGUGCCCACGUGCCUCACCUGAGAUCUUUUCUCCUUCCUCGCUCCAGAUCGCUUUCUACGAGGGCAGAUGCUUCACCGGCAGAAAGCUGGAGGUCUGCGGGGCCUGCGAGAGCUUCCAGGGGAGAGGCUUCCCGACCCGGGUGAACUCCAUCUGCGUCCGGAGCGGCGCCUGGGUCUGCUUUGAUCACGCCGGCUUCCGCGGGCGGCAGUACGUGCUGGAGCAUGGGGACUACCCCGAUUUCCACCGCUGGAACGGCCACAGCGACCGCCUGGGCUCCUGCAUGGUGCGGGCCGCCCACGGAGAGCAUUACAGAAUCGAAAUAUUUGAGGGGAACCGUUUCAGCGGCCGCAGCCUGGAGUUCACUGAAGAUUGCCCUUUCCUGCAGGGCCGAGGCUGGGACAAGAACUACGUCAACGCCAUCAAAGUGUACGGCGACGGAGCGUGGGUGCUGUAUGAGAAGCCCAGUUACCAAGGCCCUAUGUACCUGGUGGAGCGGGGAAAGUUCAGCAGCUGCCACGAGUGGCAGGCACAGCGGCCAAAUGUCCAGUCCAUCCGAAGAGUCAUCAACUACUUCUAGCCAGGCGUUCAUCAUACUGGUGGUGUCCUGCUGCAAGCUGGGGACUCUCCUCUCUUCCUGCUCACUGAUGCGUGGAAUAAAUUCUUAAAUAUCA